AUGGCCAACCCCGGCGCACCCGCUCCUGCACCUCAUAUGAUCUCGCGCCCAAAGAGAGCACCCACUGGAGACGAAGAGGCCACGGCGAUCCUGCGUCUGGGAGAGUUCCAGCAGGUGCCCGCUCUGAACUUGUCCGAAGCGCGUACCAUCAUCAACGCUGUCACGCAGCGCCGGCGCAACAUCAAGCAGAAAGUCUCCGAGUCCGAGACUCUUCUGAAGACCCAGGAGUACCUCGAGUUGUUUGCCCGCUUCAAGCAGCAGGAGCACGUCACUGCUGUUGAGCAGUUGCUCACGACUCGCACCGAGCUUGAGCGCUUUGAGCGCAGCCAGCUCGGUGAUCUAUGCCCCGAUUCCGCCGAGGAAGCAAAGACCCUUGUGCCCUCGCUCGAAGGCAAGAUUUCUGAUGAGGACCUGCAGGAGCUGCUGGACGAAAUGAUGAAGCUGAGGAACUUUGUGCAGUGA